AGCCGGUGAGAGGGAGGGGGCGGGCCUUACUCAGUUCGCGCAGCUCGAAGCUACAAGGAAGGAACGCAGCUGGAGCUGCUUAAGGCCUGGGAACCUUCUCUCUGUCUCCUCUCCCCCCUUCCCAUUUUUUGGGGGAGAAGGCAGCAAAAGGAAAGGAAGAGCUGCUUAUUGUUCGCGAAUCCGGAAGGAGCCAAGGGACCCAGGCAUCCGACCUUCUGGGGGGAGGCUUAAAGGAACCAGGUAUAUUGAGGUUUAGUCAGGGAAACAAAAGGGACCCAGGUGCCCGAGGGUCUGAAAACCAGAGCCCCCGGUGCCUGGGAAGACAAGGGUUAAGGGACGCAGGCAUCCGGCGCUUCAAACUGGAGAAGGCGAAGAAGCCGAGGGACCCAGGUGUCCGAUACCGCGGAGAAAGCAGAACGAAGAAUUCUAGGUAACCUGGAAAUUUGGAGCGAAGGGCACCUGACCUGAGCUUCCGGGAAAGGAAAGCCAAACGGGUCCCGCUCUCUGAGGACGAAGCCAAGUGACCAGGGAUUUCCAGAGAAGGAGGUAAUCAAGGGACCCAGACAUCGAAGGACUAAGGGACCCUGGUGUCCGAGCACUUUGAACAGGCGUGUCCCUGAAAUCUGGGUGGUUGAGGAACCGCUUCAGGACCUGCCAAGCGACAGGUGCACCCAGUCGCCUUUCACCACCUGAUCCUGGGGUGGGAUGCAAGAGCCCUAGGUUGGGGAGGGGGCAGCCCCUCGGGUGGUGUCUUGUUAUUCCUGCUGAACAUUUGACAGGAUCAGAACUUGAAGUAACCCAGCUCAUUUCCAGGCAUAGGAGAAGUCUUCCGUUUGUUUGUUUUUCACAGCAAGAAUUGGAUUUGGUUCUCACCUCCAUGCCUUCUUAGCAAAGAAGGGUGGGUGGGCCAGCUGUCAUUUCUCCCCUUCUCUCUCCUGCUUCCAAUCCCUUCCACGCUUCCCAUGGAACUUGCAAAAAUCCCUUGAUUCAUCUGCUUGAGGGGCUGGUCUCCCACAGCAGCCCUGAAGGAUGUAACCAACUACCGAAACCGGGGGCAGCUCCUCCGUCUUAAGAAAGUGGUUCUGGUUGCCUCGAAGGCUUGCCCCCUGGAAAUGACACCUUGCUAACCGGACCGGGACCCAUCUCGCCAGGAUUCAAGAUGGAAAAGACCUUUGGCAACCUCAGCUCGAUUGUGCCAGCUUCGCGCCUCACCCCGGCCUUCCCGCCGGCCGUCAAGGUUGGGUUGACGGCUCUGUACACAGGCCUCUAUGCCUUGCUUUUCCUUUCGGUCUACGCCCAGCUCUGGCUGGUCCUCUUCUAUCGCCACAAGAAGUUCAGCUACCAGACUGUCUUCCUCUUCCUCUGCCUCUUCUGGGCUGCACUGCGCACCACGCUCUUCUCCUUCUACUUCAAGAACACCCUCAAAGCCAACCACCUGAGCCCUUUCUUCUUCUGGCUCCUCUACUGCUGCCCCGUCUGCCUGCAGUUCUUCACGCUGACCCUCAUGAACUUGUACUUUGCCCAGGUGGUUUUCAAGGCCAAAGCGAAAUACCGCCCUGAACUGACCAAAGGCCUGUUGGCAGUGCGAGGGGCAUGCCUGGGUGCCAGCCUCCUCUUCCUGGCGGUGAACGUGGUGUGCGCCGUGCUGGUGCGGGGGCGCCGCGCUGAGCCCUGGGCCGUGGUCCUGGCACGGGUCCUCAUCAGCGACUCGCUGUUUGUGCUGGGGGCCGUCUCUCUGGCCCUCUGCCUCUGCCUCGUCGCCCGGGGUUCUCCUUCCACUCGCAUCUACCUGGAAGCCAAGGGCACCUCGCUGUGCCAAACGGCCGCCAUGGGUGGCAUCAUCGUCCUGCUCUACGCCAGCCGAGCUUGCUACAACCUGGCAGCCCUGGCCCUGUCCUCCCGCACCCGCCUCGACUCCUUCGAUUAUGACUGGUACAACGUAUCUGACCAGGCAGAUCUGAUCACGGACCUGGGAGACCAAGGUUACGUCAUCUUCGGCCUCAUUCUCUUCAUCUGGGAGCUGCUGCCCACGACUCUGCUAGUCGGCUUCUUCCGGGUGCACCGGCCAGCUCAGGAUAUGAGCGCCAGCCGUGUCUUCAACCGGCAGCUGGGGGUCUCCCGAUCCUACUUCUUCGACCAUCCCGGGCAGCGCGACAGCGAAGGACUGACGAGCAGCUUGACGGGACGCCUGGGCAGCGUCGGGAGCUGGUACGGCUCGAUCAACCGCAGCGGGGAGCAGGACUGGUUUGGGGGGCCCCCUCCCACGGCCCCCCUUUUGUUCUCGCAGGCCACGGUGUCCGGCAGCCACCACCACAGCCUCUAUUCCACCCCGCAGAACUGAGGGGAGCGGGGUUUGUGGGGCACUGAUGUGAAGACCCAGGAAUCACUACUGAUGUAGGACAGGUUUCUAUGAAGGAGCAGGGAUGUGCACACACGGUAUUGUAAGCACCAUCACACCAUUCCCCAAACUCUAGGAAAAGCCAGCUUUAUUUCUUUUAGCCAUUUGGGGGGGGGGCUGGGUUGGCUGUUGUUGCUGGCAUCUCGGUCUUGAUGCUUAAGCUCUCCCCCCUCCUUCCAC